GGAGGAGCCGCCGCCGCAGCCCGCCGCGCCCGAGAGCCUGGAGGCCGCGCCAGCCCACGGGAGAGACCGAGCGGGAGCCGCGGAGCAGCAGGCCCGAGCCGAGCGCACCGGGGCCUGGACGCCGCCCGGAGAAAAUGAAUUUACAACUGAUUUUCUGGAUUGGGCUGAUUGGUUCAGUUUGCUGUGUGUUUGGCCAAGCAGAUGAAAAUAGAUGUUUAAAAGCAAAUGCCAAAUCAUGUGGAGAAUGUAUACAAGCAGGGCCAAAUUGCGGAUGGUGUACGAAUUCAACAUUUUUACAAGAAGGAAUGCCUACUUCUGCACGGUGUGAUGAUUUAGAAGCUUUAAAAAAGAAGGGUUGCCAUCCAGAUGACAUAGAAAAUCCCAGAGGCUCCAAAGAUAUAAAGAAAAAUAAAAAUGUAACCAACCGUAGCAAAGGAACAGCAGAGAAGCUCCAGCCAGAAGAUAUUACUCAGAUCCAACCUCAGCAGUUGGUUUUGCAAUUACGAUCAGGGGAGCCACAGAUAUUUACGUUAAAAUUUAAGAGAGCUGAAGACUAUCCUAUUGAUCUCUACUACCUUAUGGACCUCUCCUACUCUAUGAAAGAUGAUUUGGAGAAUGUUAAAAGUCUCGGAACGGAUCUCAUGAAUGAAAUGAGAAGGAUUACUUCAGACUUCCGAAUUGGAUUUGGCUCAUUUGUGGAGAAAACUGUGAUGCCUUAUAUUAGUACAACACCAGCCAAGCUGAGGAACCCUUGCACAAGUGAACAGAACUGCACCAGCCCAUUUAGCUACAAAAAUGUGCUUAGUCUUACUGAUAAAGGGGAAGUAUUUAAUGAACUUGUUGGUAAACAGCACAUAUCUGGAAAUUUGGAUUCUCCCGAAGGUGGCUUUGAUGCCAUCAUGCAAGUUGCGGUUUGUGGAUCCUUGAUCGGCUGGAGGAAUGUUACACGACUGCUGGUGUUUUCCACGGAUGCUGGGUUUCACUUUGCCGGAGAUGGCAAACUUGGUGGCAUUGUUUUACCAAAUGAUGGACAGUGUCACCUGGAAAAUGAUAUGUACACAAUGAGCCAUUAUUAUGAUUAUCCUUCUAUUGCUCACCUUGUCCAGAAACUAAGUGAAAAUAACAUUCAGACAAUUUUUGCAGUUACAGAAGAAUUUCAGCCUGUUUACAAGGAACUGAAAAAUUUGAUCCCUAAGUCAGCAGUAGGAACAUUAUCUGCAAAUUCCAGCAACGUAAUUCAGUUGAUUAUUGAUGCCUACAAUUCCCUAUCCUCAGAAGUCAUUUUGGAAAAUAGCAAGUUGCCAGAAGGAGUAACAAUAAAUUACAAAUCUUACUGUAAGAAUGGGGUGAACGGAACUGGGGAGAAUGGAAGAAAAUGUUCCAAUAUUUCCAUUGGAGAUGAGGUUCAAUUUGAAAUUAGCAUAACUUCAAAUAAAUGUCCAAAUAAGAAUUCUGAAACCAUUAAAAUUAAGCCUCUAGGCUUUACUGAAGAAGUAGAAGUUAUUCUUGAGUUCAUCUGUGAAUGUGAAUGCCAAAGUGAAGGCAUCCCUAGCAGUCCAAAGUGUCAUGAAGGAAAUGGGACGUUCGAGUGUGGAGCUUGCAGGUGCAACGAGGGCCGAGUUGGUAGACAUUGCGAAUGUAGCACGGAUGAAGUGAACAGUGAAGAUAUGGAUGCUUACUGCAGGAAAGAAAACAGUUCGGAAAUCUGUAGCAACAAUGGAGAGUGUGUCUGUGGACAGUGUGUUUGUAGGAAGAGAGAUAAUACAAAUGAAAUUUAUUCUGGAAAAUUCUGCGAGUGUGAUAAUUUCAACUGCGAUAGAUCCAAUGGCUUAAUUUGUGGAGGAAAUGGUGUUUGCAAGUGUCGCGUGUGCGAGUGCAACCCCAACUACACUGGCAGUGCCUGUGACUGUUCUCUGGACACGACUUCGUGCCUGGCCACGAACGGACAGAUCUGCAAUGGCCGGGGCGUCUGCGAGUGUGGCGCCUGUAAGUGCACCGACCCCAAGUUCCAAGGGCCGACCUGUGAGAUGUGUCAGACCUGCCUCGGUGUCUGUGCGGAACAUAAAGAAUGUGUUCAGUGCAGAGCCUUCAAUAAAGGAGAAAAGAAAGACACAUGUGCACAGGAAUGUUCACAUUUCAACAUCACCAAGGUUGAAAAUCGGGACAAAUUACCGCAGCCAGGCCAGGUUGAUCCCCUGUCCCACUGUAAGGAGAAGGAUGUUGACGACUGCUGGUUCUAUUUCACAUACUCAGUAAAUGGGAACAAUGAGGCCAUCGUUCAUGUUGUAGAGACUCCGGAGUGUCCCACUGGUCCAGACAUCAUUCCAAUUGUAGCUGGCGUGGUUGCUGGCAUUGUUCUUAUUGGCCUUGCAUUGCUGCUGAUUUGGAAGCUUUUAAUGAUAAUUCAUGACAGAAGGGAAUUUGCGAAAUUUGAAAAGGAGAAAAUGAAUGCCAAAUGGGACACGCAAGAAAAUCCGAUUUACAAGAGUCCUAUUAAUAAUUUCAAGAAUCCAAACUAUGGACGUAAAGCUGGUCUCUAAGUUGCCGGUGAAAAUCCGAUUUAUAAGAGUGCUGUGACAACUGUUGUCAAUCCAAAGUACGAGGGCAAAUGAGCUUGACCUGUGCAGACUGACGACACUGAGUGCAGAGUGGUAAUUUUCACAGUCACAGUGAGGUAGCUUUAGGGCAGUAGCACUAUGAUUUCUCUCAUGUGCAGUUUUUGAAAAUGUACAAUAUGUAUAAUUUAAAAAGGUUUUUAUUUUGAAAAUAAUGUUAUAAUCAAUGCCAGGGACUGACAAAAAACUUGAGACAGGAUGCUUAUCCUCGUCAGCAAAGGUCACUUUGUGCCUUUUUGACCUUUUCCUCCUGGACUGUUGAAAUCAGGCUCUUACUGGGGAUUAAGUGAUAUUGCUAGAGUGAUUGAAAGGACAGUAGUUAAAGUAACGAGUAUGCUGAGAGUUUCCAUUAAUCAAGUAUUAAAAUUGAUUUUUAGCUUUACAGAUAUGUCAGGUUUUAGUUUUACAGACUCCAAAGUAAAUGUCCGACGUAGCUAGUUUAGAAUUGUUUUAAAUUUGUUAUUUUGCUCUUUGCCUAGUAGACAAGACUGAUGACAUAUCUGAAAGAUUGAGCAUAUUGGGGAUUACUGGUGUAAAAUAGUUUUGAAAUAUUUGAUCUACAGAGGCCACGGGAGAAAGAGAGUUAGGAAGGGAAAACAUAGCUUUAAAACCUGUGUGCCAUUUUAAGAGUUACUUAAUCUUGGUAACUCUUUGCCUUCACUUUAGAAAGUCAAGCCUUGGAUAAAAGUAUGGGAAAUUUUCUGCAAAAAAGUCCUUAAUUUAGCAUCAUUUACAUAAUGGCCUUAAUUUACAAAAUAUUUGCUGAAUUGAGGACCUUUGAGGGAAUUUAUUUUAUUCAUUGUAUUUCUUUUAAAGCCUGGUGCUUUUUAUCACCUCACCUCUUCUAAUCAUUUAAUGUAUUUGUUUGCAAUUUGUGGGGUUAGACUUUUUUUUUUACCAGUACUUUUUCUUUGACAUUUCAGCUGUAAAUUUGCCUUUUUAAUGAACAUGUGAAGUUGUCCUCAGUCCCUACUUAACUCACGUCCCCCCUUUGGCCCACACUAUAACAGACCACUGUAUAUUUCCUUCUCACUGUUUGCCCAUUUUGUUUCAUCUAGUCAUAUUCUUGUGUUAAGUGCCUUUUAAUUUUAACAGUUCACUUUUUACAUGCUGUUUACUGAAGUUAUUUAUUAAAUAAAUAUGCCUAAAAUAUGUAA